AUGGCCACCUUCUCCCCUUCACCGGCCCCGAGACGCUCUCUAAGACACAAGCAAGUGGUGAACUCACCACCCAGGCGAACGCGAGUCGCGGGGUCGCGUCUGGCCACUCCACGUGCCGCAUCCUUUGCCAAUGAAUCCGUCGCGUCCGUUAGCAUCAUGGACGUCGAUUCUGCCGUGUCCGAUCGUAGCUUCAGCCAGAGGAUAGGCCCAGACACCAUUUUCGCGAAGUCGAAGGAGCUCACUGUGUCAUUCUACGCAAGUCUCCCGGUCGAGGUCAAACAGAUUCUCAAAAACGCAGACUUCCUUGUGGACGCUUACACGGGAGACAUUGACACACUCACUGGCUUUGCUUUGGUCGCGUCGGCACAGACAUGCUUUGUAUGGCAACAUGCUCAGGCGGUGAAGGGCAUUCCAACAUGCUACAUCUUCUCAUGUCCUGACGACGAGGACGGCAUCAACCCACCCUGCAUGGGCUCGUCCCAUACACAUCCACUCAACUAUUCCACGACAGAUUUGGGGCUAUCGGAAGACGAGGUCGUCACCAAUUUCUCGCGCGCAGAUUUUUGGGCAGCUCUUCCGGAUUGUGCUGACAUCCGCUGGAGGCAGACAUCACCUCACGUCGCAUAUCUUUUCGCAGCCCACUUCAGGACUGUCCCUCUCCCGACUGCUCCCUUCGUUCCUGGCUCCCUCCAGCUCGCAUACCUCUCUGACUCCGAAUGCGGGAAACGUCAGUGCCCUGACAUGGGUGAACAGACCAGCACUGGUGGGGGAGAGUUAUGGGCGCUUGUUGACACGAGGAUACAGCGAUGGGAAAUGAAAACCGAGGGUUGGGAACAACUGUUGCUUGAAGAAGACAUAGCGAGCCUGAUCAAGUCUGCACUGAUCGAUGCCUUUGGGGCUGGGAUCGAGACCACUCGUGCUCCACUUGAUUUGGAGUUGGUCGACAUUGCUGUGGAUGGACAAGGUCAUAUCGUCAUCUUGGCUUCUUACGCAGGCCGGGAGGAACCGCGACUGAACGCGAUGGACGUCAACAGCGGGUUUCGCAGGAUAUAUGCCCUCGUUCGAAUCUCCUCUCUCGGAGACCUUUUCAAGGUGGAUGAUGUGCUGGAUGUGCCAUAUCAGAGUACAUCAGCAUCCGGUGCUCCUGUGCACCCGCGAAUUCGACUGCUCUCCGACGGCAGGCUUUUCUGCGUUCAAUUUGGCGAUGCGGUUGCCCUUUGUGCCCAAGAUUCGGAUUAUCGCAACCGGAUUGAGCUCAAAUCUGCAUCUGACCGGACGCUGGGUGUCGGAGUAGUGCACCGAGAUGACUCCGUCCUAAUUCUGGCUGCGGGAACGAUGAUCAAGGCUCAAAUUGAUAUGGAGAAUGUCGAUGUUUUCAAUGCGAAGACUGGCCGCACUGCUCUUAUAAAAUCUAUCAUGACACAAGCUGUUGUCUACGGUUCUCUCCCCGAUAAUCCAUUGCAAUUCAGCUUCCCGCCAGAUGUUGAUGCCGAGAGUCUGAUGCAGGGUGCAGAGCAGCUCAGCGAGGCAGUUCUGCAAUCCAACUCGGAACUAGCUCGGAACAGUCCAGAUCUCAGUGUGCAAUUAACGAGUCGGAAAGAACGCCUCAGCUGGCUUAUCCACUUUAUCAAUGACAAUGCGGUCCUAGGCAAGAUGUCACAAAGGAGUCGCCAGCGGCUGGCUGUGGAUGCCGAGAAGCUUUAUUCUGCGUAUCAGUUGUGGAAGCAUCACAACGGGUCUCUGUCAUCAGACAGUGUGCUCAAUGAGACGAUCGAGCACUACAUGGAACGUGUAAAUGACAUCAACCACGACGAUGUCACCCGGGCUUUCUUCCGUCUGCGCAUAAGCAACAUGGGACUCCUGCUCGCGGAAGUACCUGAUGUUAUCACACGACUUGCUCAAAGCCAGCAGCGGGAACUGGCCGAGCUGCUGCCCGAAGCGUGCCACAUUGUGCUGGAUGUGCUUAGCUCGGCCAUCGAGUACCGCGAUUACAAUCUGGGAGUGUACGGGAUAGAAUUGCCGAUGAUCGACCCAUGGACAAGUUCACCUGCCAUGAUUGCCCUUGUGCUCGGUCUGUUCGAAUCCACCACCAAGCUACUGGGAUCGCCGCGCUCGGGCAUCAUCCCGACGAGCAACGAGCCGUCGCGAGACCAGCUGCCGGCCUUGGCGACAGUGUUGUUUAGCUGUAUCCAGGAACGCAUGGAUUGGCUAUCAAGCCCCAUCUCUGCUGAGAUUCCUGGGGUCGAUCGCGAGCGAAAUGAGCUGAAGCUCAAAUUCGAUUCACUACGACCCGAAGUUCUCGAAACUCUACGAAAAUUUGGACACGAGAGAUCGGCGUUCGACCUGGCAGAAAAGUACCGCGACUUCAGCACCCUUGCUGCCCUUUGCCAUCAAGAUAAGGUGUAUCCCGCCGAUGAGAAUCCUAACGCAGAGCGAAUUCUGGGAUACAUCGCCAAGUUCAAGGAUGAUUUCACAACAGCUCUGUACCGGUGGUAUAUCCAACACGGGGAGCUGCGGGUUAUGUUUGCCCAAGAGAAUGGGCAGCAGGCGUACAUGGACAGAUUCUUUGCUGCUCACCCAGAUCCGUCCAUAUCAUGGAUCCACGACCUCGGGCAGCGAGGCUAUGCUGCAUCUGCUGAAGCCCUUCUUUCCGAGUCUGAGCAGACAACACACCUGCAGUCAAAACAGCUUAUGCUGAGCAUUGGCAAGCUGGCACAUCUGGCCCAUGUGCAAGAGACCGCCGACCCGGUACAAGACUCCACUCUCGAUCGCUUCCACAAUGACUUGGAUUUCGUCAGCGUGCAUCAUGCCUUGUUGGAGGAAUUCCAACCCAUCAUCGACUCACUGCGAAGUCGGCGAACGAUGGAAGAACAGAUCGACGCCAUCGUCAAAAAGGACGCUUCGAGGCUUGCUGAGCAACCUGCUAUGACCCAAAUUUUCCGGGACCUUGUGCGCCAGUUGCUGCAGGGCAGCGUGCUUUCCAUGGAGGACACGAUUGAUGUCUUGACUCUCAAAGACAACGUAACCACCGUCGAGGACUACACGACAGCUCUGCAUAUUCUAUCCCAAGUACAAAAUCUACCUGAGGCUCGCAAAGCUUCAGCAUUCAGGUCCAUCUGGCGCAGGGUCUAUCUCCACGAUGAUUGGGAUGCCCUCCAACGAACAACGAAUGUUUCCGAUGCGGAGCUUAACGAGCGCUUCCGAUCAACGGCCCUCUUCGCCACUCUCACUGCCCUCCUCUCCGAAAAUGCACCCGAAGGCUACGACAUCGGGCCAGAUAUGGCCCUGAUUAUCCCCACUGAAACUGAAAUCAAGUCUCGAUGGCCUGGUCUCUCGACCGAGCAAGUUGAGGCCAUGGUCAGGGACUACUCGUACGAGUGCGACAAGUUGGGGGACUACGACCUGGCAGAAGUCUAUGACCGCAUAAAGGAGCUGGCAGCUGAGGGGAUAGUAUGGCAGUCGUGA